AUGUCAUUUUUGAAAAAAGGCUACGAAGAACUUUGAAAAGCAAUAAUCAGACCUCCACGAGAAGUAUAUGACCCCCUAGAUCUCGGCCCAGCUGAAUUUUCAUUGGAAAAUAAAACAUUUCAGCGAACAGAUCUUGAUCUUUACAAUUCUCGAGGACUUCGGCUUGCCUGCUCUCAUUUUGAACCAAUCCGCGAAGAAAGAGUUUCAGAAAAACUGCCUUGUGUAAUUUAUCUCCAUGGAAACAGCAGUUCGAGACUUGAAGCACUCACUGCUACUCAAGUCCUUCUGCCAGUGAACAUUACAGUUUUCUGUUUAGAUACCUCUGGCUCAGGACUUUCAGAAGGAGAUUUUAUUUCGCUUGGCUGGUAUGAAAGAGAUGAUCUAUGCUAUUUUUAGAAUUUUUUCUAUUAUUUUUUUAAAUAAAAUAAUUUGAAAGCUGAAAAUUAUUAUAUUUAGAGGAAAAAAUUAUUUGAAAAUAAUGAUUGAGAUGUGCUUUAUUAAUUAAGUACACAUAAAAUAGCAGAUGAUUAGUGGCUCGUCCUCCUGUGGCGGGUUCCCUAUGCAUAUUAGACGUGGUUUUUUGGUGCAAAGAGCUGUCUAAGGGCCGGGUUUUUUUUGAAGAGAGAAGUCCAAUAAUAUUUCUACAGAUUAGUGGUGGAUCGAGCGGCAGAUUUUUGCCAGUAGUGCCCAGGCUCAGGGCUGGGCGUCCAAUAGAAGCAAGGCGGCUUGCCUGCCUAGACUGCUUCGUUGCUGUCCUGAAUCGCGUAAGCGGUCGAGCUUUUCCCCUGAUGCUGAACUAGGGGAAAAAGGGAAGCCCAGAUUAGACAAGAAACUCAAAGUCUGCAGUCUCUCCAGUUGAUAAGGGUACCAUGAAAAGGGCGAUCUAGUAUAAGCUAACUCCCCCCCUCCGUGAGUGAACAAAACCAUUAGAAAAAUCGCUAUUUUUUGCCCAAAAAACCCACCCUCCGUGAGUGAACAAAAAUUUUUUUAAUACACAAAUUUUUUAUGGAAAAAAAAAUUGAUAUAUAAAUGAUAAUUAUUAUAAUGAAAUCUAGAGCUAAUUCUGUUUAAUUUUAAACGAAUUGCUUUUUAAAACAUAAAUUUUAUAAAUUAAAUUAAUAUUUGCUUUCCAAUUUUUGCGAAUUAGGAUUUUUUUGAAUUUCGAAAAAAAAUAUUUUUUAUUAUAAAAUUUAUAUAUUAAUUUUUUUUUAAAAAAAAAUUAACCCCCCUCGGUGAGUGAACAAAAUUUUUUUGUUCACUCACGGAGGGGAGGGAGUAAGUAGUUUUGGGUAGGCUGGCUGGCUGGAAAUGGAGGUUUCGCAAAGUCCAUAUGACUUGGACCAUAGAGGAAAAUCCCUAAACCGAGAAACGGGGUGUUUCGCCCAGGCUCAAGUUAACUGUGGAAUACAUGGUGCUCAGGAAUUGGGAAUUAUAAUAAAAUAUUUUAAGUUUAAUUUAAUUAUUAAUUAAGUAUAUCAACUGUGGUGGAAUUUUUGAGGGUUUCAGGGAAAGUCUCUUGUAUUGGAUUGUGGGGCAGAAGUAUGGGAGCAGCUACUUCAUUACUGCAUGGAGAUACUUAAACUUUACCGAUUAAACUGGCCAUAAGAGAGCAAGCCCAUUAGCCUUUGCCUAGUCUUCGUUCUGCAAUAGCAAUCUCUAUAACCCCUGGAGAUGAAAUGGUGGAAAUUAAAAGGGUUCCGAUCUGAAACACCUGUCUAGGGGAUUAGCUCCCUAGGCAGAGCCACCGCCUUAGAGUGCCCUGAUCGUCUCAAUAAGGGCUGCCCAUAAGGUAAAACCUGUCUUGCCUUCAUAGCAGGACAGGGGAGAAAUAAAACUCAUCUUCGGCAGGACUACGGCCUAAUCCAAAAAGGACAGAGACUUCGUUUUAGCUUUAACAAGAUGGUCCUACCUGCUCCAUAUAGCUCGUGCCUCGGAGUCCAAUUUCUGUCCCUUCACCAUUUUAUUUCUCUGCAUGGAGAUAGGGAUCCCUCUAUUGCAGGAAUGGUUAUUGAUAGCCCAUUUUGUUCUUUAAGUCGACUCUCAGACGAGCUAGCAAGAACGUACUCAAAAAUUCCUGGGUUUAUUGUCUCAGUCGCAAAGUCAAUGAUAAGAAAAACAAUCAAAAAAAAAGCUGGGUUUAAUAUAAAUGACUUAGAGCCUAUAGACCACGUAAACAAAUGUUUUAUCCCUGCAAUGUUUAUCUGUGCUAAUGGAGACAUGCUAAUAAGCCCAAGUCAUACCCAUGAUUUAUAUGCAAAAUAUGCAGGCGAUAAGAGUUUAUCAAUAGUAGAAGGUGACCACAACAGUGCAAGACCUCAAUAUGUGUUAGACUCAAUUGCCAUUUUCUUUUACAACACUUUACAAUGUGAAAGUAUAAGUAGCCAAGCAAAAAUAGGGAAUUUAUUAAUAAAGACUGGUGAGGAAGAGCUUAUAUAUGACGACAAUAAAAACAGGGAACAUUUAAAUUCCAGCUAUGUGGACAGCAUCAAUAUCUUUUCUGAUGGACUUUUUGGGCCAGAUAAUGAAAAUAAGCAAAAUCUCGCAAAUUUAAGUGUCCCUAUGGUUCAAAAAGUUGAGCCAAAGAAGGAAGUCCAAAAUGUGAAUUUAUUAGAUUUAUAG